AUGAACACAAUACGCAAUGCGAUGAGUUUCGGUGCAGCGCGUAAACAUUUCAGCGCUGUAUUCCCUUGGAUCACAUCACCCUUCAUCGUCGGAGCGCCGAUGCGCGUCAUGUCUGGUCUGCGCCUAGCUCUUGCAGUGUCCAAGGCUGGUGGCCUAGGAUUCAUUGGGCCUGGCGCAAAGCCUGAAGAUACCGCUACAGACCUGGAGACAUUGCGCAAACUGCUGAAGGAGACAUCAGGUUCUGCUUUUCCAGACGUAUAUCAGUCUGGAAAGCGAUUACCGGUGGGUGUUGGAUUCCAGCUCUGGAAUGGGGAUCUCAAUUCAGCAACCAAGGCAGUGAAAGAACACCAUCCUUGCGCUGCUUGGCUGUUCGCGCCUCGACAUGGGCAGGAAGAGUUGGAUGAAUGGACGGCGCGCCUCCGGGAGGUAUCACCUGAUAUUCAUAUCUGGAUUCAGGUCGGCACACUGAAGGAGAGCAUAGAAGCUGCGAAAAGCGACCAUCGGCCAGACGUACUAGUCAUCCAAGGCGCAGAAGCAGGAGGUCACGGAAGAGCCACAGAUGGCAUGGGCAUCAUGACGCUCUUCCCUGAAGUCGCAGAUGGCAUCCGCGGUUCUGGUAUCUCAUUGAUAGCUGCUGGAGGCAUCGCCGACGGCCGAGGUGUAGCUGCUGCACUUGCUCUUGGGGCACACGGUGUAGCUAUGGGUACGCGCUUCCUUGCAUCUACCGAAGCGCGGAUCGGCAAAGGGUAUCAGAAUGAAGUUGUACGCGCUACGGAUGGUGCUCAGAGUACUACUAAGACUAUGCUGUACAAUCAUCUGCGAGGUACGGUGGGCUGGCCGGAGCAAUAUAGCCCGCGCGGUAUUACAAAUAAGAGCUGGCAUGAUCACCAAGCGGGUGUUCCAUUCGAGGAACUGAAGAAGCUUCAUGAAGAGGCUGAGAAGUCGGGUGAUGCAGGGUGGGGUCCGGAGGGACGACUGGCUACGUAUGCCGGGGCUGCGGUAGGGCUUGUGCAUAGUGUUGAGGAUGCUGGGAGUUUGGUCAAGAGGUUGCAGGACGAGGCGAAGACGAUUGUACAAGGGCUACACGCUGAUAUUUAG